CUGACUGUGUCGGUGUGUUGUGCUGUCUGUGUUGCCCUGACUGUGUCGGUGUGUUGUGCUGUCUGUGUUGCCCUGACUGUGUCUGUGUUGUGCUGUCUGUGUGUUAUGUGUCCAGGUGCUGAGUCAGAACCUGCGAGGGGAGAUGAUCGGUGACCUGCAGGGGGCCAAGCUCACUCUGAGCGACAGUCGCUUCAUUCAGGUCAUCUCCAAGUCCCUGAGCAUCAAUAGUAAGAAGAAGCCAUAAGAGAUGCCCUGACCCCCACCGUAGCUUGUGCUGCUUCUAAGAUUGGAGACGUGGGGGCCUUAGAUGCCUUAAAGGAGAUGAUGAGGAACAGGGCAGUAACCUGAGUCUGGGGGACUAUGAUGGACGCACCCCUCUGCACAUCGCUGCCAGUGAGGGCCACCUCAAAGUGGUGCAGUAUCUACAGGACCAGGUUGCCACCGUCCAUGCCAAAGAUCGCACACCCCUGCGCAACGCUAUGCAUUUCAGACACAAAGAGGUGGUGAAGUUGCUGAGAGAGACAGGAGUCCGUUUCUCCAGCGAUGAGCUGAAAGAUGCAGGCACAGAGCUGUGCAGUCUGGCAUCCAAUGCUGACAUCGAGGGCCUGGAAAUGUGGCACCUGGCCGGGGGAGACCUGAACAUACGAGGCUACGACGGGAAGAUGCCCAUGGAUGUGCCUUUGUUUGAUGAAAAUGAUGAGAAUGAAGAGUACAUCGAGUUCUCAGCCUGUCCAAAAGGACCCUGAAGACAAGGAUCCUCAACACUUUUGCCUUUCUCUUUUAUCUCUCCGUCCAUCCCCAUCACUCUCUCUCUGACUUUCCAUUUCACUCUUACAAUGGAACAUUUUAUAUAGAGAUUCAUUCAAGCCAUUUAUAGUUUAUAUAUUUGCGUCCAUCCCAAGUACAGUUAGAGAACUGUACGCUGUAAAACUACUGGUAGAACAACAACAUGUCAAGUAAUAUUGAUACACAGUGCCUGGAACGGGCAGCACUAUAUCUAUGUGUAUGUUUUGUAUGUACCACCGUAUACUAUGUGGAAGCAAUUCACUCUGUUUGUAUUAUUAGAGUAUAAUCAGUGUUCAUUGGAAGCACAGAGUACAAUGCUGUACUUUAUACUAAGCACUUCAUAAAGCACAUCCAAAGUGCCAUUUAUUCUAAGCUGAAA